GCGUGUCGGAGUUCCGCAGGGCGAGGAGCGGGGAGGCGCUGCCCAGCCCUCGCACCAUAACCACGGAGAUCUGCCUCGACAGGAACGUGGAGUCGGCCUCGAUGUCCAUGCUUCACAUGACCCUCGGGCAGUUCCUCGACCAUGACCUCGAUUUCUCGCCUGUGGCUAAAGGCGAGGGCGGGAAGGCCUUGCCAUGCUGCCCUGACGUUUUGGGCGACGAUCUCUCGCUAAUGCACCCGGAAUGCGCACCUAUCGGCAUCCCCAAGAACGACCCCUUCUACACCGCCUUCAACCAGACCUGCAUGGAGUUCGUGCGCUCCGUGGCCGACUCGGGGUGUGAGCUGGGACCUCGAAUGCAAAUCAACGAAAAAACCGCUUAUCUGGACGCUUCUGUUAUCUACGGAACCGACAAAGCGCAGAGUGAUUCUUUGAGGAUGUUUGAGGGCGGGAUGUUGGACUACCAGAUAAGCAAGGGCGAGGAAUUGCUUCCGGCCAACCCCAGCGCAGCCGAGGAGUGCAACAAGGAGGCAAUGGCGAGCGAAGGCCACUUCUGUUUCAAGUCGGGAGACAUGCGCGUGAACGUCCAGCCCCUCCUGACGGCGCAGCACAUCCUCUGGUCCCGCCGCCACAACCACAUCUCCAAGGACCUCGCCGAACUCAACCCCAAGUGGGACGACGAGAGGAUUUUCCAGGAAACGAGGAGGAUCGUCGUCGCUGAAUUCCAGCACGUGAUCUACGCGGAGUAUGUCGCCAGCGUCCUCGGCCCCACCCACAUGAAGCACUACAACCUCCGCCCACUCAAGGGAGACAAACGAACGAACACCUACUACGAGGGCGUCAACGCAGCCAUCAGCGCCCCUUUCUCCGGAGCCGCUUUUCGAUUCGGACACAGCCAGAUUCCAGGCAAUCUGCAAGAGAUGGACGCCAACGGGGACGCAACAUCCCAUUCCAUGUCAUCGUCUUUUAUGAAUCCCUUCUCACUGUACAACAAGGGAGUCCUCACGAACCUUCUGCGGGGGGAGCUGGCCCAGAGCGCGACGCAGGUGGACUGUUUCUUCUCACCACAGGAACAUCUUCAUCUCUUGUUUCUGGAAAAUCGAGGUCUAAACUUACAUAGGACCUGGAAAUACGUGCUUCAGUCUAGUACCUUUUCCACCUUAGGGUGA